AUGUCGAACAAGCUUUCAAAUUAUUUCGCCAUUCUCGUAGCAUUGGUUGCUUGUAUGCAGGUGCGACACCGUAUCGUUGGUGGAUUCGAGAUCGACAUCUCUGAUACUCCGUAUCAGGUAUCGCUGCAGUACAAUAAUGGCCAUCGAUGUGGAGGAUCUGUGCUGAACAGAAGAUGGGUUCUUACUGCAGCUCACUGCACGGAUGAUCUACCAGCAUUCACGUUUGCCGUGCGUUAUGGAUCGUCGAUGCACGAGACCGGCGGAACUCUUGUGCUAGUUAAACGCGUCGUGCAACAUCCGAGGUACGACAGCAGCACCAUCGACUAUGACUACUCACUGUUGGAACUGGAAGAGGAGCUUACCUUCAGCGAUGUGGUUCAACCGAUCACUCUUCCUGAGCAAGAUGAAGCUGUGAUGGAUGGAACUAUGACGAUCGUAUCCGGCUGGGGUAACACCCAGAGUGCGACCGAAUCGAACGCACUCCUUCGGGCAGCCAACGUACCGACCGUCAGCCAACGAGAAUGUCGUAAGGCUUACUCAGUCGAAGUAAUCACCGAUCGUAUGCUGUGUGCUGGUUAUCAAGAGGGUGGAAAGGACGCUUGCCAGGGUGAUUCUGGAGGUCCUCUCGUUGCUGAUGGGAAACUGGUUGGAGUUGUUUCUUGGGGCGCUGGUUGUGCUCAGGCUGGAUAUCCGGGUGUGUACUCGCGUGUGGCUAGCGUUCGCGACUGGGUUCGUGAAAACAGUGGAGUGUAA